AUGCCCGGUCUCGCUUUUGCCGCAGCCACUGCCGUGCUGGGCGCAUCGUUCGUUACGUCUCCGUAUGCCCAAGCACAAGGCCUCACCGAUGCCCAACUGGACGAGGUGAAGGAUAACCUCUGGUUCGCUGCACAGCAGACCUGGGAAAUCGGCACAGAGGCACAGGCCCUUGUCGAGUCCGACGCCCCCGCCUAUGCCGUUUUCGCCGACGCUUCCCUCCCGCCGCCCACCGGGAACUCCUCCUCGUCGUACAACUACACCGCCCUCCAGCCCGUCCUUCAGAUCGCCUACAACACGGCGUACAACCGCUCGAACAUGACCGGGCCCCAGCCGCUCAUGUACGUCGAGCGCGGCGCCGCUGGCGACCCUGCAUCCAUCGGCGUCGCCAUGCUCAUCGCGAAUUGGACGGGCACCCCCGAACCAGAGCUCGACAGGCCCGUGAGCGUGGACAGCCCCUACGGCACGUCGGUCGGCCAGGGCGUGACUUACGCACGCGCGGCGGAGGAGCAACUUGAGUAUUUAUUGACUGUCGUGCCACGCACUAGUGACGGCGCGAUCAGCCAUCGCGUCGAAACGACCCAGCUAUGGUCUGAUUCUGUUUACAUGGUACCGCCAUUCCUGGCUUAUUACGGUGUUCUCUCCAGCAACCAGUCCCUCGUUCAAGAAGCAUACAACCAGGUCAAGCUUUACCGCUCGUACCUAUACAACUCCAGCGAGUCUCUCUGGCAGCACAUUCUCCUCGGAACAGGAGCCUAUGAUCCCGGCUACUGGUCAACUGGUAACGGGUGGGCCGCCGCCGGUAUGGUCCGCGUUCUCGCAACGAUCCAGCACUCUCAUUUCGCCGAGAUACACACAGGGAUGUACUCGCGCCAGGACGCCUCCACCUCGCUCUUCCACAACUACGCCAACAACGCCACCUGGUUCCUCGACAGCUCCUCCACCGCACUGCUCGCCAGCACCGUCUACCGCCUCGCCGCGCUCCAAGGCGUCUACACGCACAUCCCGCACGCCGAGGCCGCGCGCGCAGCGCUCUCCGCCUCCGCGCCCGCUGGCGAGUCCGAGUACACCGCCUGGGGCACCGGCGACGGCCUAUGCGAUGCCCACCCCGGCGGACUCGGAGAGGGCCUCAGCCACUUCUCCCCGCAGAUGUGGGUUACGCCUGUGGUCGACCCGUAUAACUGGAACGCCCAGGGCGGGUCCUCGCCCGAGGGCCAGGCGUUCGUCGUGGAGAUGUACGCGGCGUGGCGGGACUGGGUCGAGCUCGGUUCUCCCGGCGCGAGUGACUCAAGGCGAAGUGUCAAUGAGCUUGUGAGGGGAGCGAGUGGAGGCGUGCUUGGUCGGGUGGCGAGGAUGUGGCGGUGGCGGCGGCAACAUCAUGGACUGUGA